GUUGCCUGAAGGGUUAGCGGGUUUGUUAUUAAACAACAGCGAGGUGUGUGUGCGCUUGGCGAUGGCUGUUCCAGCAAAAUUAGGGAAUAUUUGUAGAUUUUGCCUCAACCAGAAGCAGGACCAACUGGUUCCACUCAUCACGAUCGUGGACAGUUCGCUUACGCUAGAGAACAUAGAAAGAUUUACCGGAAUUGAGAACCUAGAGGAGGAAAGCAAACAGUACGCCUCGUGCAGCGACUGCCAUAUGGCGCUGCUCAGUUCCGUGUCCUUUCGCAACUCGUGCCUGGCAAAUGAAGCACUCUUCAGGGAGCUGUGCACCGUAGUGGAGGAACAUCUCGACGAUGACGAGGCAGAUGAGUUUGUGGUCGAGGAACUGCAGGAAACGGUCUCGGAAAUGGAAUUCAUUGUGGUAAAUAAUCGCAAAAAACGGAAAGCGACUGAAAGGAAGGAAUCGCCGGCAGGCAAAGCGCUAACGUGCAGCAGAACCACGCGAAGGGUGAAUGACGGAACGAAGCCUGACACCGAUUACUGUGCGAACCGGAUCGAGCUCGGUGAACCGUUCUCCUCCGACGAGGAGCAAAGGUCGACCCGGGCAGGCCAGGUGAUACUGGACAAGGAGGCACUGUUUGCCGAGAGUUUGCGGCUUAUACGAGAGGCACAGGAACGGAACGUGCAUGCCACGGCGGAAACCCUCGAGUCCGCGGGCGAUGAGAGCAAUGAUUCAAGUCAUGCGCCACCCGUUGCUAGCGAGCGGCACCCGAGAGCUCCCAAAAUGCAGCUGUGUGAGGUGUGCGGCAAGGUGGUGCAGAAGCUGAGCGAACACAUCGCGAUCCACACGAAGGAAAUGAGGUACGCGUGCCCGCACUGCCCGGUGAGGAUGGCCAACCAUGCGAAUCUGUACCGCCACGUGCAGGCCGUCCAUCUGAAGCGGGUGGUGAAAUCAUGCGAAAUUUGCGCCAAGGGAUUCACCAGCAACGCGUCGUACAAAUCACACAUGCGCUCGGAGCAUGGGAUUGGUGAAACGUACGAGUGCAAGCUAUGCCCGAAGAAGUUCAACCAUCCGGGCAACUAUCGCGUACAUUUUAUCCGUUGCCAUAGCGACGUAAGGAAAUUCACCUGCACGAUCUGUGGGAAGCAGUUCAAAGAAAAGCGCGAUCAUCGAAACCAUCAGCGAGUACACUCGGACGACAAACCCUUCGCCUGCAGCCAGUGCCCGAAGCUGUUCAAAAGCGAUUACGCCAGGAAAACGCACGAACUGACGCACAGCGGUGUAGUGUUUCGGUGUGCACACUGUGAUAAAGGAUACCGCUACAAAUGCCUACUAAACAUACACAUAAGGAAGGACCAUACUGCAACAAUAAAGCAAGAAGGCACUAACGAUUGACACACACACACGUUGGUCACCAACAGGUAA